AUUUAGAGUGAAGAUUGAAAUAAGCAAUAAGAUAGUGCUGGGAUAGGAAAGCUGACUCCAAACUGUCGUGGCGCAGCGGUUCUCGAGAAUGUGUUUGACAUCAGCACUCAAAUAACAAAUGUUUUAAAAAUUUUCAGUGCAAAUUUCCUACUUUAUAGGAUCGCCCGUGGACAGCCUUCCGCAUAUCUUGAUCGCCUUACUGACUACUACUGCGGGAGCCGCCGAGCCGGGAAGGGAUGGCGAACUCGUCCCCGAUGGGCGAUAGUCUACAGCUACAGAGCGUCGAAUUCCACAGCCGAACAGCAGGGCGAACAGUUUUGCUACAAAUUUACUUCGAGCACAGGUGCUUUUGUCUGAUACUAAGUCUGAACACGCAUUAUUGCAGGAGAUAUUUUAGAAAGCCUACUGCACUGUCACUGUAGGCCACUGCUGAUAGAUCAGAUAUUCAGAUACCAAUCACACUAUCCUCGAUUUUUCAUAUGCACGCAGAAGACGAAAUUGGUUGAGUGGUUACAAAAAAACCAAACACUUUCCAGCAUAUGCAUGCAAGGGACGAAAUUAGUUACCAGUUACCAACACUUUCAGCAUAUGCACGCAAGGGACGAGAUUGAUUACCCAUUACCAAACCAACAGUUUCCAGUUCAGCGGUAGGAACAGGCCGUCACGGCGUCAUCCGCCAAAGGACAAUCCAUUUGCUCACACAGGCACAAACGCUGAGCGCCUGAGCCUGCUCUCGCGGUCUAGGAGAUGGCGUUGAUCACGAAUGUCUCUGACUAUGAGGAGCUUGCAAAGCAGAAGCUGCCUAAGAUGGUUUAUGACUUCUAUGCCGGGGGUGCAGAAGACCAGUGGACACUCAAGGAGAAUAAGGAGGCAUUCUCCAAGAUUCUGUUUCGACCACGGGUGCUGAUUGAUGUGUCUCAUAUUGACAUGUCUACAAGUAUAUUGGGUUACAAAAUUUCCAUGCCUAUUAUGGUGGCUCCCACUGCUUUGCACAAACUAGCCCACCAAGAAGGAGAGGUUGCUUCUGCCCAGGCAGCAGCUGCUGCAGGAACUAUAAUGACGUUGUCUUCAUGGUCAUCUUGCAGCAUUGAGGAAGUUAGCUCAAUUGCACCAGGACUCCGUUUCUUCCAACUUUCAGUAUUCAAGGAUAGGGAUAUCGUGCAACAGCUUGUCAGAAGGGCUGAAAAUGCUGGCUAUAAGGCAAUCGCCGUCACUGUCGACGCUCCACGCCUUGGUCGCAGGGAAGCCGAUGUCAGGAACAGAUUCAGGCUGCCUGAAAAUGUGGUGUUGAAGUGCUUUGAAGGACUGGAUCUCAGCAAGAUGGACAAGACUAAGGGUUCAGGCCUUGCUGCUUACGCCACUAGCCAGAUUGACAGCUCUCUUUCUUGGAAGGAUAUCAAGUGGCUACAGACGAUUACCGGGCUGCCUAUCUUAGUGAAAGGAGUCAUAACAGCAGAAGAUGCUCGAAUUGCUAUCGAAUGCGGUGUCGCCGGCAUUAUCGUGUCCAACCACGGGGGCCGCCAGCUAGACUAUCUUCCUGCAACCAUCAGCUGCCUGGAAGAGGGGAAACUUCAGGUUGUGAGAGAAGCGAAGGGCCGCCGUGUGCCUGUGUUCCUCGACGGCGGCAUCCGCCGUGGCACUGACGUGUUCAAGGCCUUGGCGCUGGGAGCCUCAGGAGUGUUUAUUGGAAGGCCCGUACUGUUCGCCCUCGCCGUGGACGGCAGGGCAGGGGUGAGGAAUGCGCUGCGGAUGCUGAGGGAUGAGCUCGAGAUCACCAUGGCGCUGAGCGGCUGCGCGUCGCUGAAAGAUAUCACCCGCGAUCGCGUUAUCACUGAGCGCGACAUGAUCCGUCGCUCUCGGAUAUAGGCUUCGAUUCGUUUGCUGUUGUGUUGUGCGGGGCUGAAAGUCUGUUGUUGCCCUGGCAUGACUGUCAUAUUCGAAACUGACCGGACCAUCAGAUUGGUUUUGACUUUUGACCUAUUGGCUAACGAUGUGCUAGGUUUUCUCAUU